UUAUGUUUUGCUCAUCCUAUGUGGUCUAAUAUUACAAUGACUUUAUGAAGUUGUUGUGUUUCUGUUCUCUGUAACUAGACACAGGAGAGAUUGUUCAUCUUAUAUGCUGAAUUGUUAUGUUCAUCCUAUGUGGUCUAAUAUGUCUGUUAUCCCAAUGAAUCAGGAUUUCCAGGAGAACAGGCUGUUGAUGUCAUUUGUUAAUUUCCAUGAGCAAGAGAAGAUCUCUAAAGAAAUCGUAACACACGCUAUAGAAAGCUGCAUGAAGAAACAAGCAGAUAACCUGUUGAAUUCACUGGACGUUAUCAACGGUAGGUUGUCACAGUUGGAGUUAUACUGCUAUAUACUGGAAAGGUCCAUUGGAGAAUUACGAAGUGACGUGAUGGAUUAUCAUAACGAAGCAAAUCUGAACUUCCGGUGCGUUGAAAAGCAAGUGAAAGAGGUUCAGAAAUCUGUGCAGGCUGUUCAGGAAAAGCAGGAGCUUGCUGAAACUCAGAAAGAACUGACCAAACUUCAGAUAGUACAUGAGGAUUCUGCACAAAAGAGUGAAGGUACUGCUCCAUCAGUUUUCAUGAAUAGGGAAAAUGAGGUUGCCCUUGUGCCAUUUCACCAAGUAAAUGUUGUUCAGUCACCUCCUGUGCAAUUCCAAAGUUGCAGUGGCCUUAUUCUACAGCAACUGGUACCAGUCCAAGACCAGCAGCGCUCAAUCCAAACUGCUCUGUACUGUAUGCGAGGCCAAAGCCAUCUGGAGCACAGACAGGCCCAAAUGUUCGAAGCUGCUGGUCAAUCUCUGCAGACACACACUCGGAAAACUCAGCCACCUACAGUAGUUGAGGUAUCUCAGGUAACCAGUCAGGCACCAGAGUUCUACCCUCAUCCGCAGCACCAAUGGCAACAUCAGAUCGGCCAGCAGGUUUUGUCACAGGCAAGGCAACCACAACCACAGGUACUACAGCAGCAGUACAACAACAUCCAGCGAGGUCCAGCACAGAUGUGUACUUGUAUUGUUUUUUUUGUAUAUUAGUUUUUUUCUCUAUUUUUAGGGAAAAAAACUACGUGUUUAUUAUGACCAUUAGAUCUUGAUCUAGUGGAUAUGAGAUGUGUGUGUUUUGUGUUUGCAAAACACACAGAUUUUCCUUUAAAAGAAAUCUGCGUGUUUUUUCAGCUAAAAA